UGCGCAGGCGCGGGAGCAGGGGGUCGCGGUACCGGCGCUCUCCCCAGCGUCCCAGCCGGACGCCCGCAGUGUAACUGUUACAGCUGUAGCAGCAGGUGCUUUGAAGUGAUGAGAAGGUUUUUGUUACUCUAUGCUUCGCAGCAAGGACAGGCACAGGCCAUAGCCGAAGACAUAAGUGAAAAAGCAGUUGCAUAUGGAUUUUCUGCAGAUCUUCACUGUAUAAGUGAGUCUCAUAAGUAUGAUCUGAAAACUGAAAGAGCGCCUCUUGUGGUGGUGGUUUCUACCACGGGCAACGGAGACCCGCCGGACACAGCCCGCAAGUUUGUUAAAGCCAUACAGGACAAGACGCUGCCGGGUGACUUCUUGGCUCACCUGUGGUAUGGAUUACUAGGUCUGGGUGAUUCAGAAUACACGUACUUCUGUAAUGGGGGGAAGAUAAUUGAUAAACGAUUUCAAGAGCUUGGUGCCCAGCGUUUCUAUGACACUGGCCACGCGGAUGACUGUGUAGGUUUAGAACUUGUGGUUGAGCCAUGGAUUAACGGACUCUGGGCCGCCCUGGCGAAGCAUUUUCUGUUGAGUAGAGGAAAAGAGGAGAUGAAUGGAACUCUCACAAUGGCAUCUAAUGCCUCCCGGAGGACAGACCCCGUGACACCGGAAUUAUUACACAUUGAAUCACAGGUUGGACUUCUGAGAUUAGAUGAUUCCAGACGAAAGGAUGCUGAAGUUUUAGAGCAAAAUGCUGUGAACAGAGGUCAAUCGAAUACAUUGAUUGCAGACUUUGAGCCCUCGCUUACCUGUUCAAUACCCCCGCUUUCACAGGCCUCUCUGAAUAUUCCCGCUUUACCACCAGAAUAUUUACAGGUGCAUCUGGAGGAGUCCUUUGGCCAGGAGGAAAGCCAAGCACCUGUGACCUCAGUGGAUCCAAUUUUUCAUGUUCCAAUUUCAAAGGCAGUUCAACUGACUAUGAAUGAUGCCAUAAAAACCACUCUUCUGAUAGAACUGGACAUUUCAAAAACAGAUUUUUCCUACCAGCCUGGAGAUGCCUUUAACGUGAUCUGUCCCAACAGUGACUCUGAGGUACAGCACCUACUCCAAAGACUGCAGCUCACAGACAGGAGAGAACAUUGUGUCAUCUUGAACAUUAAGGCAGACACGAAGAAGAAAGGAGCAGCCUUGCCCCAACAUAUACCCGAGAAGUGUUCUCUCCAGUUCCUUCUUACCUGGUGCCUUGAAAUACGAGCGGUUCCUAAGAAGGCGUUCUUGCGAGCCCUCGUGGACCACGCUGGCGACGGCGCGGAGAAGCGACGGCUGCAGGAGCUGUGCAGCAGGCAGGGGGCGGCCGACUACAACCGCUUCGUCAGAGACUCCCGUGCCUGCCUCCUAGACCUCCUGCUGGCCUUUCCGUCCUGCCAGCCUCCGCUCGGCCUCCUGCUUGAACAUCUUCCUAAGCUCCAACCCAGACCAUAUUCAUGUGCAAGCUCGAGCCUGUUUCACCCAGGGAAGCUUCAUUUCAUUUUUAACAUCGUGGAGUUUUGGUCUGACACCACGGCGGUGGCUCUGCGGAAGGGCGUGUGCACGGGCUGGCUGGCCGCGCUGGUUGAAUCGGUUCUUCAGCCGAACACACAUGCCUCCCAGGCAGACGGCGAGAAGGCCCUGGCGCCCGAGAUAUCCAUAUCUCCUCGGGCAACAAAUUUUUUCCAUUUACCAAAUGACCUCUCAGUCCCCAUCAUAAUGGUGGGUCCAGGAACCGGCAUAGCACCUUUCAUUGGCUUCCUACAACAUAGAGAGAAACUCCGAGAACAUCACCCAGAUGGACACUUUGGAGCAAUGUGGUUGUUUUUUGGCUGCAGACAUAAGGAUAGGGAUUACUUAUUCAGAGAGGAGCUCAGACAUUUCCUUAAGUGUGGAAUUCUCACUCACUUGAAAGUUUCCUUCUCAAGAGAUGCUCCUGUGGGGGAGGAAGAAGCCCCAGCAAAGUAUGUGCAAGACAGCAUCCAGCGUCACAGCAAGCAGGUGGCAAGGGUCCUUCUUCAGGAGAACGGUCAUGUUUACGUGUGUGGAGAUGCUAAGAAUAUGGCCAAGGAUGUAAAUGAUGUCCUUGUGGAGAUAAUAAGCAAAGAGGUUGGAGUUGAAAAACUAGAAGCAAUGAAAACAUUGGCUACUUUAAAAGAAGAAAAACGGUAUCUUCAGGAUAUUUGGUGAUAAAAUUGGGAAAUAAAGGAAGAGAAUUAAGCUUUUUGGCUGAAAGUACUAAAAGACAACUUUACUGAAGCUUGAGACUUCCGAUUUUUAAAAUUAAAAUUUUUUUUUUAACAUUUCUUGGAGGAGGUCGGGUGGUGGCAUGGGGAGUGGACCGUUUAACAGUGUAGGAAGCUUUCAAUUCAGGUUCCCAUGUCUGCCCCCCCCCCCGACCCUCCCCAAACCGCCCUGAGCUGAAAAAGGUAGCCCGCGCUCCUCCACCAGCACUUCCCGGGACACCUCUCCCUCCUGGAGAGCUUCUGCAGGGACUGCGACCAGAUCACAGGGCAUCUCUAGCAGUACAUGUGAAGGCUUCUCAGUACGGGAUAUGGGCACGAGCGUCACCUGGGUAGAUAGUUAAAUCUUGUGAGCUAGUCACCGGUUUUUUUUAAAUAAGCUAAAAAUAAUUUAUAUUCUUAUGUAAAAUGUACCAUAAAAAUAUUCAUAUUAGUGCAUUAAAAUUACAUAGGUAUAGCGUAUCUGAUUACAUGUUUAUAUAAUUUUAUCAAAUGGUUUAUUACCAAAACUAUAUUUCUGAUAAAAAAUAUUUUAAGGUAAUGCUUAUAGGGAUUUUUUUAUGCUAGAAAUCUGAAAUAUAUUUUGAAAUUCCACUGGCAUGUGAUUUAUUUACAACGGUUCCUUUUUUUUAAUAUCACAGUGUCAGAAUUUAGGGAAUUUGCAUUCACUUUACAGAUGCGAGCAAGUGCAUAUUUCAGUAAAGCUACCACACUUUUCUCCUCCUCUGUCCAGCCCCCAGCCCACCCCCAUUCCCCACCUUUUCAUUUCUGCUCCUUUCAGCAUAUUUUUUAGUUUUUCCACAUAAUUUAUUUUACCUCCAUGAUAUCACACAAGUUGUAACCUGGGCUUAAAAUACCUACUUAAUAUCCUUGUAUUUUUAAAAUUGCUACUAUUGUCUGACUAUUUUACGUCUUCCAAAUUCAUAUAUUCAAAUCCUGACUCCAGUGUGAUGGUGGUAGGAGCUGGGGCCUUUGCGGAAUGGUUAGGUCAUGACGCUGGAGCCCUCAGGAAUGGGGUCAGUGCCCUUGUUACAAGAGGCCCCGCAGAGCUCCCCGCUCCUUCUACCCUGUGAGGACAUCGUGGAAGUCGGCUGUCUGCAACCCUGAGGCCUUCACCAGAACCCGACAACACUGGCACCUGGUCUUUUCCAGCUUCCAGAACUGUGAGAAAUUCUAUUGUCUGUUAGCCACCCAGUGGUAUUUUGUUACAGCAGCUCGAAUGGACUAAGACAAUUCCCGGUGACACGUUCUCUUUUAAGAUUUUGUCAAAACGGAAAUCAAAAUGUAAAAGGGGUAUGAAAACUUUUCUCCUACUCUCAGGUAUAUAUUGUUUUUUUAUGAAAGAGAUUGGCAUUUAAAAAACAAAUCUUCAC